CGAAGCAACUUAUUUAUGUAAACAUUUUAAGAUAAAAGACAGCUACUUUUUUGUUUUUGUAAUAAUGUCGAACAUGAAAGAUAUUUGCGAUGGGGGGCAGGAACCAAAAUGGAGGUCGGACGUGGACAUCGAAAAGCUACCGAAACACAAAAUGAUCACAUCCCAGGAAUGCAUGCUGCUAAAACGUGAUUUGGAAUCCGAUGGUCAAGAUGACUUCGAAGUUAGUCCCAUGAUCCUUUGCCUGAUGCUAACCCUUUUACUUUUCGUAAUCGGCUUCUGGAUAUGGUUGAUCUCCAAGAGCUGUCUCUUUGCCCAACCCGAUGAGGUUAGAAAAAAGAGAAACGCAAAGCGCCGGCUUUCAGGAGGUAAUAAUCCAAGGGCAAACAACACAAAUGUACGCAUUUUGGACAUAUCGUCACAAACCCAAAUGCUAUCGCUUUGUAAACUCGAACGAGAUGACUCUAAUAGCUCGCGAAAUCAGAGCUGUCCACUUAAAGUGUGCAAUACAGGUUCCUAUGGAGGUCCCAGCCAGUGCAUUCCAAGGGCAACCUACUGUAACUUAAUGGUAUUGCCCACCACAUCGCCAUCUUGCACAGAACAAGCCGCAGAAAUGGAGUCACAAACUGUUACGGAAGCUACAACUGGAUCAUCAAUGCUUAGAUCCACCGAAUCUUCCCCAAGCCAAAGCUGUCCAAGACUCUCAACGAUAAUAGAAAGAAAUGAACUGGAAGUGCCCACAACUCGAGCUGAGGUUGGAUCACCACUAAUGUACGGCAGUAUGCCUUCAAAUUUCGGGAGGGAAGUGCCCAAAAGAAAAUACAGUAUUAAGUGGACCAAUUUUUUAAGGCAAGGACGAAAGGAUCACUGCGAUACCCAAAGCCCACAGUGAUGCCUUAUUGAU